GAGACGAGAAACGGAGAUUCAUCAGCCACUACCCUCCCGAAAAGAUCGCGAGAGUGAAUGUCACAUAGCGAAGAGAAACCACUCAGUGGAGUCGCUGCUCGUUUACAUUUUUUUUGGAACCUGCUGCCCCAAAUCACUCUUCAUUCCUUCAACCACACGGAGAGAGGCUAUGGAAGCUGCAAUUUGCGGUCGAGUACCUCUUUCACCCAACCACUUCUUCAAUCAAACGAGACCAGGGGAUAAAUACUAUUUUCAUAAACAAUGUAGAAACCGGAGCACCUUAAUGAUGUUAUCAGUUGCUGAGCUCGGAAAAGGUGGGGGGUUGUUGGAAAAGCCAACCAUAGAGAAGACAACACCUGGUCGUGAAUCUGAGUUUGACGUUAGGAAAUCAAGGAAAACUGCCCCGCCGUAUCGAGUGCUGCUACAUAACGACAAUUACAAUAAGCGGGAAUACGUUGUGCAAGUUCUGAUGAAGGUGAUCCCUGGAAUGACCCUUGACAAUGCAGUCAACAUAAUGCAGGAGGCACAUUACAACGGGAUGUCAGUGGUAAUUAUCUGCGCUCAAGUGGAUGCAGAAGAUCACUGUAUGCAGCUGAGAGGCAACGGUCUUCUAAGUUCAAUCGAGCCUGCGAGUGAUGGUUGUUGAAUAGGAAACAUAGACUAUGUAAUGUACUCUUUUGCCUCUUAAUUAUCAGCUAUAUUAUUAAAAUCGCAUGUCCUCAACUGCUACAAUAUUAUUGCAAGUUGCACCUAUGUACAUAAAUAGAGACACUCCGUAAAGAAAUAAACUUCAGUUUACGAAUACGAUUUUCACUCUGGUUUCACUAGUCAGUUUGUAUA